AUGUCUACCGGCCAAGCUUCCCCCGAGCACCCAACUUCCCCCUCAACGGGGGUACAGCCCUCCGGAGGUGAUUUCAGUACACGCAACCUUUCGGUUGAAGACGGAUUUGCCGGCGCUGCGUUGUCCCCCCUUCGGAAAAAAUUUACCGCCGGCCAGAGUAUUGGGCCAGGGCCGGGACCGAACGAGAUGGCCGAGGCGGGAAUCGUUACGCAGAGGGUCCGGGCUUCCAAGCUGGAAUACAAGGCUGUGGAGGAGGUGUGGGACGAGCGGGAGAAGCGGUACAAGAUAUCAGGAGCAGUCGAAACCCCCAAGGUCACUGAGUUGGAUGAGUACCUAUUUGUGGUCCGCUCUCGAACUUAUAUACAUACCACUCAACCAAUGGUUUAUAUCGACAUCAAAUCAGAGGGUUUGCGGGAUAUACUUAGGUGGUUACUCCGAGGCGUCAGAGCAGUGAGACUUGGUGGGGACAUGCCUUCGGUUCCUCGUGAUCUACUGUUCAACCUCCUUUUUAUGCUAGAAGGCCAAGUUGCCCAGGCGCCCAACGCCGGGGUAUGCUCCGCCGAUGCGGUUCAACAUUUGAAUAUACUUGUCGAGCACAUCAAAACCGCCUAUAAAGAGACUGAAAACCGUCUCCAGUCACUCGUUUCCGAAGGCAAAAUCACGUACGACUUACUUUGGGCUUUCUUUAAACCGGGCGAGAGAGUGUACACGCUGCAUCCCGGGACUAUGACGCCGAUGACGUUUGUAUUUGACCAUGGAAUAGAAAGGAAAGGGCUGGGUACCCCAUACUUCCAAGUGGACGGCCAUUGCUAUGACUUUCAGGGCGGAGAUUUCGGCCAGGCUAUGACUACCGCUUGUAUCAAUCGCUUUCCGGGAGCAGUGCCAAUCUGCAAACUUGGGGUUUUCCCUCUCCGAUACCACCCUACAGAGGAAGACGUGAAGUCGCAACUCCGAGAGAACGGGAAGAACUUUAUAGGCAUGAUGUCCGGUAGACACUGCGACUACAAGGGGAUUGCCUACUUCGAAUCGGAAAAGGGGAAAAUAUAUCGGCUGCUGGUCGGAGGGAGGAUCAUGGUCGACCCCGGCAGGUUCCGGCAGGUCAAUCCAAACUAUCCUAAACUCCUAGACACAGAUUGGCUCAAGUGUUCGGGAAAGACAACGAGUGACCUGUCAGAGGACGAUUUUCUCUCCUUUGCGCCUACCCUAUUUGGGUUCAGUUUCAAGGACAAGUUCUGGGGCGAGUUUGCGAUCGAUAACAUUAGUGAGAUUAAAUGGUCAAAGGAGUCAUUUAACCAAGUAGUCAUCCCUCAGACGCGAAAGGAUACAAUACUCACUAUCGCCGACCGUUAUUUAGCUACUGCGGGGGGGAAGAAAGAUGUUCAGCCCGACGAUUUUAUCUUUAAUAAAGGGGGUGGAAGAGCCAUACUUCUUACUGGCCCCCCUGGAGUUGGCAAAACGGUAACCGUGGAAGCCUUGGCAGAAAGCAAGCUUCGGCCCCUCUAUACGAUAUCUACGGGGCAACUAUCUUCCGAUGCAGCCAACCUAGAAAUCCAACUUCGUGAAAUCUUCGAAACAGCAACGCAUUGGGGUGCAAUCCUCCUAUUUGACGAAGCCGAUGUCUACCUAGCACGACGGUCACCAGAAAAUAUCGAACGUAGCCGCCUUGUAGCGGCCUUCCUUCAGGCGCUCGAGAAUUUCCCAGGAGUCCUAUUCCUAACCACCAAUCAGGAACAGAGCUUCGACCCGGCUGUUUUGAGCCGAAUUCACCUGACUUUUCCCUACAGUGACCUCACACUUGACGCUAGGCGAGAUAUAUUCAGGCAGUUCCUUGCCGGCGCCGGCAUCAGCGAAAUCCAGUUUAACUCCUUGGCUGAGCUAAAAUUAAACGGGCGACAGAUUAGAAACAUAGUAUCGAUUGCGCGUGAUGUGGCUGCGGAGGAUAGAACUCUAGAUUAUUCCCACAUUAAAUCGGCACUUUCCUUCAGUUCAAUUGAUAUUCCGGAGCCAGGCUUCGCCGCUGCAAGCCGUGACUUGUACGAUUAG